CUGAUACAAACAGUGUUGUACUGUGAGGCAUUGACGCAGCACGACAUUAUGGCGAUCAAAGAGGCAACGUUUAUCGCCCUCCUGGCAUUAGUACAUUCGGGGCAAGCGCAGUACACUAAGUUCCCGGAAGGAUUCACGUUUGGAGUGGCGACUGCUGCUCAUCAAAUAGAAGGCUCAUGGAACGUCAGUGGAAAAACUGAAAAUGUGUGGGACCAUCUGAGCCACAAUCGGCCGUGGAUGAUAGCUGACGGAACCAAUGGGGAUGUAGCCUGCGACUCCUACAACCGUUACCAAGAAGAUGUUGAUGAGCUGGCAUACAUGGGUGUAGAUUUCUACAGAUUGUCUCUCUCUUGGGCCAGAAUUCUGCCAACUGGACGAAUGGAUGUCAUAAACCCUGAUGGUAUCAGAUACUACAACGCACUCUUCGAUGCUUUAGCCGAAAAAAAAAUUGAGCCGUUGGUCACUCUGUUCCACUGGGAUUUACCACAAUCACUCCAAGAUCUAGGUGGAUGGGCGAAUCCGAAAAUGAUUGAUUACUUCCGCGACUACGCAGACGUAUGCUUCAGAGAGUUCGGUGAUAAGGUCAAAUCCUGGAUCACACUCAAUGAGCCCUAUGAAAUUUGCGAAGAUGCUUAUGGGGACGACAAGAAAGCUCCCGCCAUCGAUAGCCACGGUGUAGGAAACUACUUGUGCAGCGACACUCUGUUGAAAGCUCACGCUGAAGUUUAUCAUCUUUAUAACGACACCUACAGACCCAUACAAAACGGAAGAAUAAUGAUUUCAAUUAAUUCAAUUUGGUACGAACCAAGUGAUCCCGAUAAUGCGGAACAAGUUGCUCUGGCUGAAGUUGCUAACCAAUUCAAAUUCGGAUGGUUCGCAAAUCCUAUUUUCACCGAAGAAGGUGGCUAUCCCGUCGUAAUGGUAGAAAAUAUUGCUGAGCAAAGCAGAGCUGAAGGAUUAAAUAAACCUAGAUUAGAACAAUUCGAUGAGUACUGGAUUGAAAGAAUUAAGGGUACAUCAGACUUCCUUGGUAUCAAUCACUACACCACGCAUUUGAUCACCGGCCCAGGAGUGGACUCUCUCGCCAAACACCCGUCCUGGCUAAAAGAUAUUGGAGCGGUAGUAAGUUUGGACGUGGGCAGAGAUUCAGCCUCAGAGUGGCUAAGAGUAGUGCCAACCGGUUUUGCAAACUUAUUACGCUGGUGCAAGAGCACGUACAACGAUGUUCCAAUUUACAUCACCGAGAACGGAUUUUCUGAUCGUGGAGAAUUAGAAGAUUACAACCGUAUUAGAUAUUACAACGACUACCUCUCCGAAAUUUUGAAUGUCAUUUAUGACGAUGAUGUCAAAGUCCUUGGUUACACUGCAUGGACCCUAAUGGACAACUUCGAAUGGCGAGCUGGAUUUUCUGAACGCUUCGGUCUUUACCACGUUGACAUAACGGAUCCGAAUCUCCCAAGAACACCUAAACUCUCUGCAGAAUACUACAAGCAAUUAUGCGAAACGAAGGAAAUACCUCAAGAUGAACGUUUCAAGGAUCCAGCUGUACGGAAACGUGUGUGA